AUGGUCAAGAAUGUAUCGAUAAUGGCCAAAAGAGAAGAGCAGGCAAAGUGGCGGAAAAUACUUUAUGAACGUCAGCCAUAUUCAGAUUAUUAUAGCGGUGGUGAUGAAUUUCUUAAAGACCUCAAAACAAAUGGUGAAUUUUUCCUAUUAUCCUUGGUGAAGUACAGUUUCUUGGAAGCAGUCUGCGGGGCAUGUCGUGUAGUACUUCAUGAAGAAGCGAUAGUGAUUUAUGCGAUAAUAUUCAGUUGGAUUGAGGAUCUUAACGACGGCGCAUUAUACAUAUUUGCAUGGCUCAUUGCAAUUGUGUUACCCUUUUAUGUAGUUCACUCAAAACUGGCAGCCGUCACGUGGUCAAUAUUGUAUGAUCAUUUCUUAACGUUGCUUACACUCGUAUUUUUCGGAUAUGCCUUAACGCCGAUUAUCAGGACGUUAACGGAUACAGUCAGCACGGAUACCAUAUACGCCAUGUCCACAAUACUUUUUAUUUUGAGUUUCCUCUUUCAUGAUUAUGCAAUGAACGCUCCGUUGGUUUCAAUGGUGUUCUCGGUGAAUUUAUCAUUGGCCGCAAGUAUAUGUUUGGUAUCUCGAAUUAAAUCCGAUGAAAUGGCAUUCAAUUUAUUGGCUAUAUCAAUGACAUUAUUCUCUUACUGGCCUAUUCUUCGCAAUGAACUGACCCUCCGCUAUUCUUUAUCACCGUUGCUUUUAGUUUGCUUUUUCUGUCCUUCAACGACUGUGAUUCUCUAUUGUUAUUCCACAAAACUUCUCGCAUUUCUUCAGUUUUCAUUGCAUUUGUUCGUCGUCAUCAUAUGCCCUUGGAUUUUUAUCAAGAUGCAGCCAUUAAAAAAUACAAUUCAUGGACCAUGGGAUGAGGCUUGUCUCGAUGCGAUGCGUAUGUCGAAAAUUGAGUCGAAGUAA